GGUAGACUGGGCACAAAUCAAUAAAAAAAUAAAAUGUAAAAUGCAGUCGCUCUCGCUUGAUACGCGUUUAAAAUAGCUACUAGUUGUUUUGAAGGUUAUGUGCCAAGUAUAGUUAUACCGUUGUUCUAAAUAUAAUAAUACACGGAUAAUUAUAAUACCUUUAAACAGAAUAAAACACGGUGAAGGUCGGAGGUGCGGGUUUCGAUUGUGUCCGUCCCAACAGCUUGGCUGUUGAAGAAGAUAAGUCUUGAUUUUUAACAGAGAAGACGGGGUGAAUCGCUAGCAAAAUGUGGAGGUAUUGUCAACGAGAGGAGCGGAUCUCGAAUAUAUCCAAUGAUCUGAUGCAAGAAUGCAAGACUGCAGCGCCAGGAGCGCGGCUGUCACCUGGCAUGCGAAAUAAUCUGGAAAAGUAUCAGGCUACGAUGCGGAAGACUAUAGUAUCACGGCAAAAAGAUGGAUGUGCACCGCUGUUUAUUGCUUGCAGAAGAGGCAACGCAGAGAUAGUCGAGUAUCUGAUAAAUGUUUGCCAAGCUGACAUUGAACAGCGCGGCUUGUACGAGGUACCUGAUGACAGAUCUGUACAUUGCGUAACUCCUUUGUGGUGCGCUGCUGUUUCCGGCAGGUUGCAGAUCAUCGAAAUUCUUGUCUCCCAUGGGGCAAAGAUUGACGCCGUCUCCGAUACUGGUUCAACGCCUGUUAGAUCUGCGUGCUUCAUGACACAUCCACAUAUCGUCAUGUAUCUUGUGAAAAAAGGGGCCGAUAUAUUCAGGGCUAACUACAACGGUGGUACUUGUUUAAUAAAUUCUGUGCAGAGCUACGAAUUGUGCAAGUUUCUGUUGCAAAACAAAGCCGACGUCAAUGCUAGGGACGUACAGAAUAAGACUGCAUUGCACUACGCCAUCCAAGAACACAGAUUCGCCACUGCCAAACUCUUACUGUAUCACAAUGCUGAUCCAACUAUACGAUCUAGCGAUAAUGAUGACGCCCUUCAAAUAGCUUGCUUAAAGGGAUCUACCCAAAUUUUUGAAUACCUCAUCAAAAACUUCGCCUACUCGCCACAAAGAUUAGCAAAUGCACAUGAGUUGAUGGGUUCGACGUUUUUGGAAGAGGAUAAUGCCCCUCAAUCGACUAUUAAAUACUGGCGAAUAGCUCUAGCGAUAAGAAAUGCAUUCACAGUAAACAACGAGCCACUGCGCAAACGACCUGUUAUACCUAAACGGGAGUGUUUUGGAAAUGUGGGAGAAUUUACUACUGUAGAAGAGCUUGACGCUAUCGCCUUGGAUGUCGACGCUAUCAGAAUACAGAGUCUUUUAAUUUGCGAAAGAAUACUUGGACCUCAUCACAAAGACACACUGUUCAGAUUGAUUCACAGAGGUGCCUCUUACGCGGAUUCUUUGAGACAUCAAAGAUGCAUUGAUCUGUGGAGGCGAGCGCUCAAGAUUCGGGUCGAAAAAGAUUCUAUACUGUGCAGUGAUACCUGUUUCAUUGCGCAAGCUCUAGUCAAGCUAAUGGUGGAUAUAAACGAAAAGAAGAUAGAAUAUGAUUAUAGAAUGCCGGAGAAAAGAAAACCAGAAUUUAGUGAUGUUGAAGCGAUCUUUCAUCUCUUGGCAACUCCGCUUACAGCAGCAAGGCAGCUAUUGGAAAUUCGUCCAGUUCACAAAAGGCAACAGGAAAGCUACAAUCAUAUUUUAAAAUGUGUUACCCACCUCAUAUACCUCCUGGUCGAAACAGCACGAACCGAAAGUGAGAAAGUACAAGCUCAAUUACUGGUCUGCAACCUGGUCAAACAAAAUCCAAGGUCUGCAUCCACGGGAGAUUCUCUCCUUCAUCUUUGCGCAUCAAGGUUGAACACCAUCAGAUCUAGCUACUUUUCCAGCGAUGAUAUACCGAUGAUAUUCCCACACUUCAAAGUAAUCAAGCUUCUUUUGUUAUGCGGAGCCCACGUUAACGUCAGAAACAAAUUUCGGUCAACUCCUCUUCACGUCGCUAGUAAUGCCUACAACUUUUCAAACCCGCUUAUCAAACUUCUCCUUGACCACGGAGCGCAUUUGGACAUGCCCAACAAGUUUGGCGACACUCCGGCCCGUCUGAUAUCCCUAAAUCCUCACAACAGUGUGAACUUGGUGAAUUACAUAACUCUGAAGUGCCUCGCUGCGCAAACGAUUUGCAAGUAUGCGAUACAUUGCACCGAGGUGCCGAGGGCGCUUUACAGAUUUUUGGAAUUUCAUAAGGAAUAGAAUAGCGUUUGAGUAAACUGAGCCUGAAGUAAUACACUAAAAAUGAAUUCAAUUAUGCAGAUGUGAAAGAAUGAGCAACAUAUCUCUCAAGAAUAACACUGCAAGUGACAGUAAGCAGUUUAAAUAAUUUAUCUUGAAAUAACAAUGUAACAACGUCGAAAAAUUCAGGCUAGAUAUCACACGGCUACAAAUUUAAGGUUCCUCAAUAUUUUUUUUUUUUUUACACAAUUACGUUCUUAUUCAACAAAAUUUUACCGACUCCUUUUACAGAUUUAUUUUCCACACAAGUUUUGUACCAGGCGUGAUAUCGAAUUCAUUCAAAGAACUUGUCGUUUUUUUAUACGAGUAAAGGAGUAGAAUCGCGUUAUUGAAGAAUGAAGGUAAUCUCGUUUUAGUUGUAUGUCACAUGUAUUCGUUGAAAAUAUUUUUAUUUUUUAUUUUCAUUUGUUUUUACUAAAAACAACUGUUUUCAAGUUAGAACAAAUGAAAUAAUUGGAGAAUUGAAUCUUAUUCUUAUUACUUUUUGUCUUCUUAUUUUACUGUGACUUGCACAAAAUUUUCAACGGUAUACGCAUAUUGACAAAAAUUCUUUUUCUCCGUACAGGGUUACGUGUAAAAUUUGAAUAUGGUCCUGCACUCCUUUAUGUAUAUUAUAAAAAUGUAUCCGUGUGUACAAGACUAUAUUUAGCGAACGUGAUAAUGUGUAGGUAAUAAUUCUUGUUUUAUAAUCAAUAACGCUGAAUCCGAUCUCACAUUUAUUCGAUGAAAACGAUGAUAAAGUAUACAUAAUAACUGCAAAGUUGGAAAUGAUAACAAAUUAUAAACAUAUAAGCAUACAAAAAAGAUUCUUGCCAAUUCUUUCGUCGUAUGUGGAUUAAUAUGAUGUAUUUAUUCGUUUAACAAACGAUCAAGUAAUAUACAAUUCAUAGUAUGCAAUAGCUUGGUCGUCAUUGAUCGAGGAAAACGUUUCAUUGAAGUGAAAAUUUCCCAUCUCAUAAAUUUCUCUUUACAAGAAAUAAAACAAUUGCUGAGUUAACGUAUUUGACGAAAUUCAGUUCUCUCUUUUUCUGCUAGUUUAUAAUUUUUCUUCUUCAAACAACGUCUUUGAAUGAAUUUGUUUCUCUACGACAAAUAUAUCGGAGAAUCGUAAGAAAAAGUUUGACAUAUAUAUAGACAUCCUUAUGUCUGAUGAAAAUUUGAAUUUCUGUGAAAGUUAACUGCGGUAAUUCUUGAACAAAAAAUAUUCGUUAAUAGUUUUAAUGUCAAUGCUAGUCAUAUUAUAUAUUAUAUACACAGAUUUUUCUGAGUACAGCAUUGCAUAUAAUACCGAUUCGCUUAAAACGAAAUACAAGUGAACAAGAACGCGUGUAUUUAUACAUAAUUAAUGAUAUGAUUAAAUUAGUGUGUUGAGGUAAUAUUCAACAGUUAAAAAUGAUAUAAUAUAUAUACGUAUGAGUUUGUUAAUUUUUACAAUUAACUAAUUUUAUCUUGUCACAAACAAUACACUAUAUUGUAUUCCAUUUAAAGGAUCACAGCUGUAAUUGACGCGCUUAAUCAAUAUUAACGGACUAGUUUUCCGUAUAUGAGUAAUCAGGCUCCUAAUAACUAUGCAUAUUCAUUACAAAAUUAUGAUAAUCCUAUUAUAUCUGUUAUAUUUAAACUUUUCAUUGCAACGUAUAAAUGUGCUGACCUAAUGUUAAAAAUUACAUUAAAAUUUUUCACCAUCAUAUGCGAAGAUAAGGAAUAAGUUCUAAAUUAAUUUUAAACCUAAGCGUCAGAUUAGAAAUGAUAUGCGAGGAUGAAAAAAAAAAAAAAAACGAAAACACACAGCUGAAAUAAUCAGUUACAGACUUAUAUGUAAUGUGGGAAUUUAGAAGAGGAGAAUUUUUUCUUUUCCAACAAUUCCAACAAACGGGAACUUGUUUGAAAAAUUUAUUUCUUGCAUCGUUUAGAAUUCAACGAUCCUGUAACUGGCACUCAAUAAUUGCGAUAUACCAUAUAUACCUAUAUAUAUAUUAAUAAUAAAAAUUUCCAUAGAUUUAUUCCAUGAUCGGUGUUUAUAGUGUGAGAUGAUUGAAAAUUUGUUUCGUUUUACGUAUACAAUACUGCACACGAAAUAUAAUUAAUCCAAAAUCAAACGAGCAUGCUAAUUGAUAAUGAAAAGAGAAACAUAUAUGUAUAAAAUAACAAUACGUCUAUGAUAAUGAUGAAGUAUGAUAAUGAAUAGUAAUUAGUGGUAAAUUUACAUUUAUACACAAAUUUUUAUGUGCGGGAAAUAAAGUGAUAUGUUAUCGAUAUAUUAUUUAUGUGUAUCUACGUACAUAAUAUGGCACGUAUUGUGAAUUAAGGGAGAAGAGGUUUCGUUUUUCAAAAGAAUUUUUAUUCGCAUAUUAUUAUCAGGAUACAUACAUAGUACAACGUAACAUACUACGGCAACUUCUCGUUAAUAAUAUUUUUUUUUUUAAUCUCUUAACCGCAUAAUUGACGAACACGAAAAUAACAAAUGAAGAAUAAAGCCGCACAAUCUGUGGCGUAGGGACUCAUUUUUUCUAAUAUCUCUUAUUCGUCGUUUUAUUUCUCUCUUAUCAAUACUUUUUUUCACCAAUCUUCGUAACAAUCAAUCCGUAAUCGU